CGGAGGCCAGGAUGCUGGCAGAUCGGGCUGCUCUCAGAAGAAUGGUCCAGUGGAAAGCAGCGGGGGUGACAAACAGCCGGACACAGCAGCAGCGCAGACCGCCCCAAACACACGGGACGUAGCUGUGAGGCGGGCUCCAGUCCGGGUUUUACGGCCUGCGAGAGAGCUGGGCUCUUCCUUUGUGUUUGAACUUCUUCAGUGUGCUCCGUGGGACCGGUGCGGUGGAGACAAGCGCUUCCGUUUGCCCUCUCUCAGCUCACUCAUGUCUGGGGGACUAGAAGCCCGCUUCUCCGGGGAUGACGUGUUUGUGAGCCGCUUCCCAGUGCACCGUGCCUGCCGGGAUGGAGAUGUUGGGGCUCUGGUCCUUCUGUUACAGCAGCUGUCAAACCACAUCCAUCUAACUGCCGAGGACUCCUUCUAUGGAUGGACUCCCAUUCACUGGGCUGCUCACUAUGGACAGCUGGAGUGCGUGAUGCACCUGGUGGAGAUGGGCUGCGAGGUGAACAGGGUGACCAGCCGAUUCAAUCAGACUCCAACACACACUGCAGCAUUCGGAGGACAUCCUCACUGCGUGGUGUGGCUCACUCAGGCUGGGGCUGACGUCAACAAGCAGGACUUUGUUGGUGAGGCUCCCAUUCAUAAGGCAGCUCGGUCAGGUAGCUUGGAGUGUAUCCAGGUCCUUUUGAUAGCAGGCGCUAAACCGCAUUUAGAGAAUGCAAGCGGGCAGACGGCAGCAGACCUGGCCCACGCUCAAGGCUUCCACGACUGUUUCUGCUUCAUCUCCAACGCCCAGAAGCACCUGCAGCAGCGUAACGAGGGGAACAUAGUGCAGAAUGGAGGCGGCGCCCCCUGUGGUCUGGGCGCGCUCAGCAGAAAGAGGCAGCUAGCCGCCCUGGACGCGGGCCACCUGAAAAAAGCCAAAAGGGCUGAUGGUAUGCUGGUGCAGAGCAGCGCGCUCGAGGAGCUGGAAGCCAUGAGCCUGGAGCUCAGCGCAGAUUUCAACAACGGGCAUCUCCACGCUGCGCCUCCUCCUCCGCUCUCUCCAAACUCUCACUCUCCGCCACGUUGUCGGCGGGCUUCAGCCGAGAUGUGCGGCUCGCUGCACCUGAGCAGCAGCCCGGGCGGCUGCGUCUCCAACUGGCCCGCGUGCCUGGGGCCAACCGGGGUGGACUGUGGGGAUUUCUUGCAUUAUGGACACUACCAUGGCUUUGGCGACACGGCCGAGGAGCUGAGUGACAGCAGCUGCAUCCGGGCGGAGCAUCCAUCCAAGCAGGCUGUGGAUGGCAGCAUCCACCUAUACCACGGCUCAUAAACCGGAGGCUUCGUCUGCAGGCAGAUGUGCUUCCACUAAACUUUAAAGGAUUACCCUGGCGAUCAGAAGUAAUCCUCCUGUGCCUACAGCCCACAGCCAGGACGAGUCAGGCUCACACUGACUCAGCUGGGUGGUGAAAAAGCUGCUUCCAAAAAUAAUCUUCAGGGAUGGAUUUCUGUGACAUCACACUGUAGGGCAACACUAUUCUCAUAACUCGAGUUAACUUGGUUCUCUUGGUUUAAUCAGCAGCGUCUCUGCAGCCCUGUCCUCACAGUGGCCUUUCAACCACGGACAGCUGGUGGGAAUAUUUCACUCGUCUUUGUGCUAAGCUGGUUCAGAGCAGUAGCACGGUGCUGUGUGGGUGUGGAACUCGUCCCGUCUGCUGGGGCCUUCAUUAACCCAGGUGUUUACUGCUCUGGGCUCAGGAGUGACCUCCUGCUCACCGUGUUACCUCAGGAGUGUCGCUGAACUGCACGGAGGCUGAAAACUGUUUUAGAUCUCACUGUAAUUUCAUGAGGCUUAAACCAUUUGUUUUGUACGACGGUUGUAGAGGCGCCGAUUUUCCACUGUGUGACACACGACCUUACACUGACCUGCAUUUGUACUCAAUAAAACCUGUUUUACAUAUAAGACAGUA